AUGCCAAAUGCAAUCACUGGUCAGAGAGUUCAAGCUGCCACUCAGGAACUCAUAGUAGACGGAGUAGACGUGGAUUUUGUGAACAAUGGGGUGCCGACAAAUGGUGAAAUUCCCAAUGCAUAA